GGCAUGCAUUGGGCAGCUGUUCAAGACGGAGCAAUAUGGCCGUUAUUAUGCCACUGCGUACACGGUCGUGAGUCUCAAGUAAGCUGCACUCCAUGCGAGGCGGAUCAACAUUGAGCUGCUAACAUGGUCGCAUCUAGCACCCUGACUGGUGUCCCGAUCGCGGCUGAGAUCCUGUCCCGUUGUGGUGGGCAGUACUGGGGCCUGAUUGUGUUCACCGUCUGCUGCUACACAGCAGGCCUUGGAUGUGUUAUUGCAGUGAAGCAGCUUCAUUGCGGUUGGCGCCGCCCAUGUGCCAUCCUAGAGACCUUUAUCAUCCCUGUCAUGAACCCAUCACAAGCAACGCGAGGGCAAGCGUAGGCCAAAAGCAAAACGUCAACUAUUCACACGACGGACUUUGAACUUCUUUUAAGAUAAAGUGGAC